GUGUUUGGCACAGUAUCCUAUCUCCUUCUGGUCCACUGGCUGAGCCCAACCCAACCUAGGAGGCCCAUAAAGACCUGUGUUCAGAGUCACACUGAAAAGAGAAUUCUGGACUCCGUAGACUCCACCACCUACUAUCUUUCGAAGCCAUGAAGUCCCUAUUGCUCACCCUUGCCCUCUUCAUGCUCCAGGCCCAGUUGAUCUCAGGUAACUGGUAUGUGAGAAAGUGUGGAAACAAAAUUGGAAAGUGCAGGAGCAGCUGCAGAAAGGGAGAGGUGCCGAUAGAUCCUCCUACUGGCAUGUGCAGCAAAGAAAAAACGUGCUGUGUUCUGUCUGGCCAAGAGCUUCAUCCUGCGAUCUGUGGUGGAACUGCAAAGCCUACAAGAGCACCAGUUACAGGAGUCACACAAGGAUCAGAAGCAGCAGAAGCAUCAGUAGCAUCAGGAGCAUCAGGAGCAUCAGAAGCAGCAACUUCAGUAGCAGCAACUUCGGUAGCAACAACUUUGGUAGCAACUACUUCUGGUUAACAGUGACCUAGGAUCCCUGGUUUAUUAAAGCAAAAGGGCCUUA